AGGGGAUUAAGCUGGGGGCAGUAUUAAAGGUUUGGCCAAGCUGAAAGGCCCGUUUUCAGAACUCGCCUGUUUUCUUCGGACUGCGCAAGGAGAGAGGGAGACAGAAGGGAUAUAGAAAUAUAUCCUACUGCAGGACAGUGAUCCGCAAAGAUGAACUCUGCGCCUCCAGCAGGAAGUGCACUCGCUGCCCCCGCUGGCAGUGGAGGACCCACCACCCCUAAGAAGGGACCCCCCAAAUUCAAGCAGAGGCAGACCCGUACAUUCAAGAGCAAGGCUCCUAAACCUGGACAGAAAGGAUUUGGUGAUGACAUUCCUGGAAUGGAGGGCCUUGGCACAGACAUCACUGUGGUUUGCCCAUGGGAGGCCUUUGGCGACAUGGAACUCAGCGACUUGGCCAAAUAUGGCAUCAUCUAAGACCCUCCCCCUUCAGGUCUUCUGCUUUCCUCCCUCUGCCCACUUUGCUCCUCCUGCUCUGACCUCUCACCUCUGAACUCUGACCUCCGGUCUGUGCCCGCCUGGCGUCGCUUCCUCUCACAGCUCUGCGCUGUCCCAUCCUGAGGUUCCCGGGCGUGUAGCUGGCUAUCCCACCUCUCCACAGUAAUGCUUCAGGCAACCGCAGUGUUGCUAAAUGGAACAGUGUUAAGGCGACCCCACAUAGAAACCAGCGAUAUAGGCUACCACACACACCUGCGACUGCUCUCCACACACAC